GGAGCUCCCUUUCUGCUCGGCUGGCGCGGCUGCUGGGGGCGGCGCUGCGCUGCGCUGCGCCGCGCGGACUCCAGCCCGGAGCGGGCCGGGGCCGUUGGAUGCCGCGUCUCUGUUUCUGCUGCCUGCCGGCCGGGCUCCGGCGGCCGCAGCAAGGUGGGGUACCAAGGCCCUGUGCUAAGCAAGCAUAAUCCUCUGGGGGUGCCACCCCUAAAAAGAGCACCCCCACCAUGUUUAACCUAAUGAAGAAAGACAAGGACAAAGAUGGUGGGCGAAAGGAGAAAAAAGAGAAAAAGGAGAAGAAGGAGAGGAUGUCAGCAGCGGAGCUGCGGAGCCUGGAGGAGAUGAGCCUGCGCCGAGGCUUCUUCAACCUGAACCGCUCCUCCAAACGUGAAUCCAAGACUCGCCUGGAAAUCUCCAACCCCAUCCCCAUCAAGGUGGCCAGCGGCUCCGACCUGCACCUGACUGACAUUGACUCCGACAGCAACAGGGGCAGUGUCAUCCUGGACUCAGGCCACCUGAGCACAGCCAGCUCCAGCGAUGACCUCAAGGGUGAGGAAGGCAGCUUCCGGGGCUCUGUGCUGCAGCGGGCGGCCAAGUUCGGCUCCCUGGCCAAGCAAAACUCACAGAUGAUUGUCAAACGCUUCUCCUUCUCCCAGCGCAGCCGUGAUGAGAGCGCCUCAGAAACCUCCACGCCCUCAGAGCACUCCGCUGCCCCGUCCCCCCAGGUGGAGGUGAGGACACUGGAGGGACAGCUGAUACAGCAUCCUGGCCCAGGCAUCCCGCGACCAGGGCCCCUGGGCCGAGUCCCUGAGCUGGUGACCAAAAGGUUCCCGGCUGACCUGCGCUUGCCCCCUGUGGCACCCCCAUCCGCCCCUGCCCUCCGGGAGCUGGAGCUGCAACGGCGGCCCACUGGAGACUUCGGCUUCUCCCUGCGGCGCACGACCAUGCUGGAUCGGGGCCCCGAGGGCCAGGGCUACCGGAGGGUGGUUCACUUCGCUGAGCCCGGCGCGGGCACCAAGGACCUGGCCUUGGGGCUAGUGCCGGGUGAUCGUCUGGUAGAGAUUAAUGGGCACAACGUGGAGAGCAAGUCCAGAGAUGAGAUUGUGGAGAUGAUCCGGCAGUCCGGGGACAGCGUGCGGCUCAAGGUGCAGCCCAUCCCAGAGCUCAGUGAGCUGAGCCGGAGCUGGCUGCAGAGUGGCGAGGGACCCCGCAGGGAGCCAGCUGAUGUGAAGACCGAGGAGCAGAUUGCCGCUGAGGAGGCCUGGUAUGAGACAGAGAAGGUGUGGCUGGUCCAUAAGGAUGGCUUCUCACUGGGCACUCAGCUCAAAUCUGAGGAACUUAGCUUGCCUGAGGGGAAGGUGCGCGUGAAACUAGACCAUGAUGGAACCAUCCUGGACGUGGAUGAGGAUGACGUGGAGAAGGCCAACGCUCCCUCCUGUGACCGUCUGGAAGAUCUGGCCUCGCUGGUGUAUCUCAAUGAGUCCAGCGUCCUGCACACACUACGCCAGCGCUCUGGCACCAGCCUGCUGCACACAUAUGCUGGCCCCAGCCUGCUGGUCCUCAGCCCCCGUGGGACCCCUGCCGUGUACUCCGAGAAGGUGAUGCACAUGUUCAAGGGCUGUCGGCGGGAAGACAUGGCACCCCACAUCUAUGCCGUAGCCCAGGCCGCGUACCGGGCGAUGCUGAUGAGCCGUCAGGACCAGUCCAUCAUCCUCCUGGGCAGCAGUGGCAGUGGCAAAAGCACAAGCUGCCAGCACCUGGUGCAGUACUUGGCCACCAUCGCAGGCAGCAGUGGGAACAAGGUCUUUUCUGUGGAGAAGUGGCAGGCUCUGUAUACCCUCCUGGAAGCCUUUGGGAACAGCCCCACCAUCAUGAAUGGCAAUGCCACCCGCUUCUCCCAGAUCCUCUCCCUGGACUUUGACCAAGCUGGCCAGGUGGCCUCAGCCUCCAUUCAGACGAUGCUGCUGGAGAAGCUACGCGUGGCUCGACGCCCAGCCAAUGAAGCCACAUUCAAUGUCUUCUACUACCUGCUGGCCUGUGGGGAUGGCUCCCUCAGGACAGAGCUCCACUUGAACCACCUGCCUGAGAACAGUGCAUUUGGGAUUGUGCCACUGGCCAAGCUUGAGGAGAAGCAGAAGGCGGCUCAGCAGUUCAGUAAGCUACAGACAGCCAUGAAGGUGCUGGGCAUCUCCCCCGAUGAACAGAAAGCCUGCUGGCUCAUCCUGGCCUCCAUCUACCACCUGGGGGCUGCCGGUGCCACUAAAGAAGCUGCGGAAGCUGGGCGCAAGCAGUUUGCCCGCCAUGAGUGGGCCCAGAAGGCCGCAUACCUGUUGGGCUGCAGCCUGGAGGAACUCUCCUCAGCCAUCUUCAAGCACCAGCACAAGGGUGGCACCCUGCAACGCUCUACCUCCUUCCGCCAGGGCCCCGACGAAAGCAGCCUGGGAGAUGGCACAGGACCCAAGCUGAGUGCGCUGGAGUGCUUAGAGGGCAUGGCAUCUGGCCUCUACAGUGAGCUCUUCACCCUUCUCGUCUCUCUGGUGAACAGGGCGCUCAAGUCCAGCCAGCACUCGCUGUGUUCUAUGAUGAUCGUGGACACGCCAGGCUUCCAGAACCCAGAGCAGGGUGGGUCGGCCCGCGGGGCCUCCUUUGAGGAGCUGUGCCACAACUACGCCCAGGACCGCCUGCAGAGGCUCUUCCACGAGCACACGUUUGUGCAAGAGUUGGAAAGAUACAAGGAGGAGAACAUUGAGCUGGUGUUUGAUGACUUGGAGCCGGCCGUGGAUGAUUCUGUGACCGCAGUGGACCAAGCCUCCCAUCAGUCCCUGGUCCGCUCGCUGGCCCGCACGGACGAGGCAAGGGGUCUGCUGUGGCUGUUGGAAGAGGAGGCGCUGGUGCCAGGGGCCACGGAGGAUGCCAUCGUGGAGCGCCUUUUCUCCUACUAUGGCCCCCAGGAAGGUGACAAAAAAAGCCAAAGCCCCCUCCUGCACAGCAGCAAACCCCACCAUUUCCUCCUGGGCCACAGCCAUGGCACCAACUGGGUAGAGUACAGUGUGGCUGGCUGGCUGAGCUACACCAAGCAGAACCCCGCCACCCAGAAUGCCCCGCGGCUCCUGCAGGACUCCCAGAAAAAAAUCAUCAGCAACCUGUUCCUGGGCCGGGCGGGCAGCGCCACAGUGCUGUCAGGCUCCAUUGCAGGCCUGGAGGGUGGGUCCCAGCUGGCACUGCGCCGGGCCACCAGCGUGCGGAAGACCUUCACCACGGGCAUGGCAGCCGUCAAGAAGAAGUCACUGUGCAUCCAGAUUAAGCUACAGGUGGAUGCUCUCAUUGACACCAUCAAGAAGUCAAAACUGCAUUUCGUGCACUGCUUCCUGCCUGUGGCGGAGGGUUGGGCUGGGGAGCCCCGUUCUGCCUCCUCCCGCCGAGUCAGCAGCAGCAGCGAGCUGGACCUGCCUUCGGGAGACCACUGCGAGGCUGGGCUCCUGCGGCUCGAUGUGCCUCUGCUCCGUGCCCAGCUCCGUGGCUCCCGCCUGCUUGAUGCCAUGCGCAUGUACCGCCAAGGUUACCCCGACCACAUGGUAUUUUCUGAGUUCCGCCGCCGCUUCGAUGUCCUGGCUCCUCACUUGACCAAGAAACACGGGCGCAACUACAUCGUGGUAGAUGAAAGGCGGGCUGUGGAGGACCUGCUGGAGUUCUUGGACCUGGAGAAGAGCAGCUGCUGCAUGGGCCUGAGCCAGGUGUUCUUCCGGGCAGGCACGUUGGCACGGCUGGAGGAGCAGCGGGAUGAGCAAACCAGCAGGAACCUAACCCUGUUCCAGGCAGCCUGCAGGGGCUACUUGGCCCGCCAGCACUUCAAGAAGAAAAAGAUCCAGGACCUGGCCAUUCGCUGCGUGCAGAAGAACAUCAAGAAGAACAAAGGAGUGAAGGACUGGCCCUGGUGGAAGCUCUUCACCACCGUGCGACCCCUCGUCGAGGUACAGCUGUCCGAGGAGCAGAUCCGGAGCAAAGACGAGGAGAUCCAGCAGCUGCGGAGCAAGCUUGAGAAGGUGGAGAAGGAGCGGAAUGAGUUGCGACUCAGUAGUGACCGGCUGGAGACCCGGAUCUCAGAGCUGACAUCGGAGCUGACAGAUGAACGUAACACAGGAGAGUCCGCCUCCCAGCUGCUGGACGCGGAGACAGCAGAGCGGCUCCGAGCCGAGAAGGAGAUGAAGGAGCUGCAGACCCAGUACGAUGCACUGAAGAAGCAAAUGGAGGUAAUGGAGAUGGAAGUGAUGGAGGCCCGUCUCAUCAGGGCAGCUGAGAUCAAUGGGGAAGUGGAUGACGAUGAUGCAGGCGGUGAGUGGCGCCUGAAGUAUGAGCGAGCUGUGCGGGAGGUGGACUUCACCAAGAAGCGGCUCCAGCAGGAGUUUGAGGACAAGCUGGAGGUGGAGCAGCAGAACAAGAGGCAGCUGGAGAGGCGGCUCGGGGACCUGCAGGCAGAUAGUGACGAGAGCCAGCGGGCCCUGCAGCAGCUCAAGAAGAAGUGCCAGCGGCUGACGGCUGAGCUGCAGGACACGAAGCUGCACCUGGAGGGCCAGCAGGUCCGCAACCAUGAGCUGGAGAAGAAGCAGAGGAGGUUUGACAGCGAGCUCUCCCAGGCGCAAGAGGAGGCCCAGCGGGAGAAGCUGCAGCGGGAGAAGCUACAGCGGGAAAAGGACAUGCUCCUUGCCGAGGCUUUCAGCCUGAAGCAGCAACUGGAGGAAAAAGACAUGGACAUCGCAGGAUUCACCCAGAAGGUUGUCUCUCUGGAGGCUGAGCUCCAGGAUAUUUCUUCCCAAGAGUCCAAGGAUGAGGCCUCUCUGGCCAGGGUCAGGAAACAGCUCCGGGACCUGGAGGCCAAGGUCAAGGAUCAGGAAGAGGAGCUGGAUGAGCAGGCGGGGACCAUCCAGAUGUUGGAGCAGGCCAAGCUGCGUCUAGAGAUGGAGAUGGAGCGGACAAGACAGACCCACGCUAAGGAGAUGGAGAGUCGGGAUGAGGAGGUGGAGGAAGCCCGGCAGUCAUGUCAGAAGAAGUUAAAACAAAUGGAAGUGCAGCUCGAGGAAGAGUAUGAGGACAAGCAGAAGGUGCUGCGCGAGAAGCGGGAGCUGGAGAGCAAGCUCACUGUGCUCAGUGACCAGGUGAACCAGCGGGACUUUGAGUCAGAGAAGCGGCUGCGGAAAGACCUGAAGCGCACCAAGGCCCUUCUGGCAGAUGCCCAGAUCAUGCUGGACCACCUGAAGAACAAUGCCCCCAGCAAGAGGGAGAUAGCCCAGCUGAAGAACCAGCUGGAGGAGUCUGAGUUCACCUGUGCAGCAGCUGUAAAAGCGAGGAAAGCAAUGGAGGUGGAGAUCGAGGACCUGCACCUGCAGAUCGAUGACAUCGUCAAAGCCAAGGCUGCGCUGGAGGAGCAGCUGAGCCGCCUUCAGCGUGAGAAGAAUGAGAUCCAGAGCCGACUGGAAGAGGAUCAGGAGGACAUGAACGAGCUGAUGAAGAAGCACAAGGCGGCCGUGGCUCAGGCCUCCCGGGACCUGGCUCAGAUGAAUGAUCUCCAAGCUCAGCUAGAAGAGGCCAACAAGGAGAAGCAAGAGCUGCAGGAGAAGCUACAAGCCCUCCAGAGCCAAGUGGAAUUCCUGGAACAGUCCAUGGUAGAAAAGUCCCUGGUGAGCAGGCAGGAAGCUAAGAUCCGGGAGCUGGAGACACGCCUGGAGUUCGAAAGGACCCAAGUAAAGAGGCUGGAGAGCCUGGCCAGCCGGCUCAAGGAGAAUAUGGAGAAGCUAACCGAGGAGCGGGAUCAGCGUGCUGCGGCUGAGAACCGGGAGAAGGAGCAGAAUAAGAGGCUACAGCGGCAGCUGCGGGACACCAAGGAGGAGAUGAGCGAGCUCGCCAGGAAAGAGGCUGAGGCGAGCCGCAAGAAGCAUGAACUGGAGAUGGAUCUGGAGAGCCUGGGGGCUGCUAACCAGAGUCUGCAGGCUGAUCUAAAACUGGCAUUCAAGCGUAUCGGGGACCUGCAGGCUGCCAUUGAGGAUGAAAUGGAGAGCGAUGAGAAUGAGGACCUCAUCAACAGAACCCGGCCUGGAGCCUGUCCUGCAGCACCUAAGGGCAGGACAGGGGCUUCUGGUUUACAGGACAUGGUGACAAAGUAUCAGAAAAGAAAGAAUAAACCUGAGGGGGACUCAGAUGCCGACUCCGAGCUGGAGGACCGUGUCGACGGGGUCAAGUCGUGGUUGUCAAAAAACAAGGGACCUUCCAAGGCAGCUUCCGAUGAUGGCAGCUUGAAGAGUUCCAGGACAGCCCUCAGCACACUGGGGAAGGAGGGCAAGGGGGUGGAGGAGCGGCCGGCCUCCGCGCUGAGCGCCCUGAGCUACCGAAAACGGCUCACCCUCAAGGACUCCAUCGGGGGCACCGGGGACGAGGAUUCGCUCUUCAGCGCCCUGAGCGAGCGGGCCGCCUCCCCGGAGAGGCCCCCACGGAAGGUGCCCCCGGGCCCCGAGGAGGAACCAGGCCAGGGCAGGAAGGCGGAGGAGCGGGACGGGUACGGCCCCGUCUUCUCCGAGGUCAGGCGCCGGGCCAGCCGGGGGCUGGAGAAGCGCUGGGGUUCGGACUUUGAUCGGGCCUCGGCUGUCUCUGCGCCCGUCAGCCGGGCCUCCUCGGCCACCCGGCACGGCUCUGCUGAGGACGGGGUCCGCUCCUGCACGAGCUUCUCGCUCUCGGGUUCACCCAGUUCCCGACGCAGUGCCUCCCGCCUGGACAGCCUGUCACGGACCCUCAGCCCCUCCUUGAGCCGGUCCUCGGGCCUGGGCCGGGAGAGCCCCGAUUCCCGCCUCUCCCUGGGCCGGAGCUGCCUGGGUGAGUGGGACGAUGGCGCCAGCGUGGCCUUGAGUGAGGCCCCCUCGCAGGACAGCCACCCGUCGCUGGCCCGCAGUCUGUCGGUGCCUCCCCAGCCCCGUGUCUCGGCCUCUGCCCCGGAUGAGCCUCUCGGCUCCCGCGCCCGCCCUGGCAGCCGUCGCUCCUUCCUGGACCCAGACCUGGAGGCUGCCAUCAAUGAGGUCUUGAGCUACAAACCCGUCCCGUUCCAGCGGAGCAGCCUGGACCUCGACUCUGACGAAGAUGACCGGAAGAGCAUCCAGAGUACCCGGAGCGUCCAGCUGGACCUCCCGGAGCGAGCCACCAGCAUCCGCCGCUCAGCCUCUGCUGCUGAUGUCUCUCGGUCCCACAGCCGCCGGAAGGGCCGGAACAAGAGAAGGAGCAGCUCCAGCUCCAGCUCCAGCUCGGAAGACUCCUCAGAACACAAGCGGCGGAAGAAGGGACGCUCUAGGAGGAGCAAGAAGUCCAAGUCGAGAAGAAGGAGACGAGAGACUGAGUCUGAAUCUUCCUCGUCGACAUCCAGCGGCUCCACCGUCUCGGGCCACAGCCGCUCGAGUGUGAAGAAGGGCCCAGCCACGGAAGGUGAGGAGGCUGAGCAGGUGCGCCGGCAGUCUCGGAAGGAGGAGAAGAAGCGCAAGAAAGAGGUGGACAGCCUGAUGAUGCGGUACCUGUAUCGUCCCGAGAGCGACUAGUGCACCCCACCAGCUACUGGAAGUCCCUUGCCCCUGACCAGUCAGAUGAUGAGCACGACCCUCCUGACAGCACCUCCAGGCCCCGAUACUCCCACAACUAUCUGAGUGACAGCGACACAGAAGCCAAGCUGACAGAGACCAAC